UACCCAAAGUUGAAUUGUCGUUUUCGAGGAGCAGCCGAUAGUUGUGAAUAAAAAUGUUUAAACUUGUCCGUAUGCUCGUGCCGCAGCAGCGGAUCCUUGCUAGCCCACUAAGGCUGCAGCGUCUGAUAUCCACCAGUGAUAAGGUCAAGUCAGAGCCCGUUCUCAAGUCCAUGGACACAAUUGGCGGUCUGCCCACAGAACUAGUCAACGAACAAAAGUUGAAGAAAACGAGCAGAACCUUAUCAACGCUACAAAAUCAUUCGGUUCCCAUUGCCGCUCGCGUCACAGUGUCGAAAGAUGAAAGUCGCGACUUUAUGGCCGUGUUUCCAGAUCUUGUGCGUGACAUCACCACCGUGACGAAGACGUAUAAUUGCAAUGAUGCGGCCAAGUGGUUCGCUCAGGUCCUGCAGUACAAUGUGCCCAGGGGCAAGAAGAACCGGGGGAUCCUCACAGUACUUACAUAUAAGAAUUUAGUUCCCGCCCAGGAUCUAACGCCUGAGAAUAUAAAACUCGCGCAGUAUCUAGGUUGGUGUGUAGAAAUGCUCCAAAGCUUUUUUAUCAUUUCUGACGACGUGAUGGACAACAGCACAACGAGGCGCGGUCAACUUUGCUGGCACAAGGUGGAGGGCGUUGGGAUGACAGCCAUCAACGAUGCCUUAAUGAUCGAGAACGCCAUGUAUGCAAUUCUUAAAAAGCAUUUUAGCCACUUAGAUUGCUACGUGGCACUAAUGGAGCUGUUCCACGAAAUCACAUACAUCACAACCUGCGGACAAUCUUUGGAUCAGUUGAACUCAAACCGCUGUGUCUCAGAAUUCACCAUGGAAAACUAUAAAGCAAUUGUGGAAAACAAGACUGCGUAUUACUCCUUUUACCUGCCAUUUGCCAUUGCUUUACACUUGGCUGGCUAUAAGGACGCUGAGGCAUUCCGUCAGUCAAAGACCAUUUUGCUAGAAAUGGGAAACUUUUUCCAGGUACAAGACGAUUUUCUUGACUGCUUUGGUAACCCGGAAGUGACCGGUAAAAUUGGUACCGAUAUUCAAGACAACAAGUGUUCGUGGCUGGCAGUGGUGGCCCUGCAACGAGCUAACGUUGAACAGAAACAAAUCAUGGUCGAUUGUUAUGGCAAAGAAGACCCAGCAAAAGUGGAACGAGUUAAGGAGCUGUACAAGGAACUUGGACUGCCAUCUACGUAUGCCACUUUCGAGGAGGAAUCUUAUAACAUGAUUAAAACGCACAUACAACAAACCUCUCGUGGGGUGCCUCACCAAACCUUCCUGCAAAUUCUCAACAAAAUCUACCAACGUGACUCCUAAAUUACUAAUUGCGUCUUUACUUUUUUAGUACGUUUUUUUAAAUAUGUCAUAGUUUUAUCAUUCACGGGGAUGAACUGUUACCAUGGGCCCAUCAAUUACAACUGAAAUUAAAUUUUUACUAUACAUAA